UGUGACCAAAUGUAAGGAAAACACGACCAGCUGGCUGUUACGUCGUCGUCUGCAAGAGAUUCAGUUAACAAAAUAAUUUUUAAUUAUUGAAUAAAAAUGUUGCCCUUAGCCCGCGGCAUCUAUAGCAACUUGCUGCAAAUUACACGCAAUGGACGUGUCGCCAUACACACUGCAAGCGCACUGAGAUGUAAAGCUGCAACUGAAGAGUCUUCCGUCAACGAGGAGGAAAAGGAGGCAGAAGCAGAUUCUGCCCCUGAUGGAAAGGAUCGGACAAAGGUCAUACCAGUGGAAACUUCUAUACGGUACUUGAAGAGCGACGCCUACAAAACAACCUAUGGCGAAGAGCAUGUGUGGACACAAUAUCGCCGCAAUCACAAAGGAAUGUAUGCGCCGCGGAAGACACGCAAACAAUGCAUACGUCAGGGAAAAAUCUCCACGGGCAAUCCGUGCCCCAUAUGCCGCGAUGAGUACUUAGUGCUGGACUACCGCAAUACAGAGCUGCUUCAGCAGUUCAUCUCCCCAUACAGUGGCCAAGUGCUGAGCUACUCCAAGACCGGUCUUUGUCAAAAAAGCCAUUUGCGCUUGACGGUUGCCGUGGAGCAAGCGCGUGAUUGCGGUCUGAUAACCUAUGAUGUGCCUUUCCGGGAAUACGACUAUGCUGAAUAUUAUGGCAAAAAGGAAGAGCAGAAAAAGUAAAGAAAAAUCAAUUACAAAUAGAGCUUUUUAAUAUCAA